CGAAUCGUAUACACACUACGACAUCUAGGGCACAAUUGUCGUGUUUGUUUUGAUUGCGUCCUGCUAUGUAUAGAGAGAGUUUGGGCAAAGUCUGUGGUUUGGGGGAAAGCUCUGAAAAUAUGUGAAGGAGGGUCGGGGUUUGUGUGUUCACUUUUUGUACGUUAUAAGCUUUGUCGCUUUGUAGCUUUGUAGCACGAACAGGGCUGUGGACUUAGCACAUUUGGCUAAUUAGCAAACGAAGCUAGCGAGUUUUUAUGUCGCGGUUUUGUUCCACGAGGCGCUGCUGAAGUUCAGCACAGUCACAAGGUCAAGACACUUCUUCAGCUUUUUACACAAAUCUUAUCUGUUUUUAUUCGUCCGGAUUAUGUGUGAGGAUGAGUCACAUAGACACACUGGGUCAUCUGUUUGCUGGAGGGUGUGGUGGUACAGUGGGAGCCAUUUUGACAUGUCCAUUGGAGGUGGUAAAGACAAGGUUGCAGUCUUCUUCAAUAACCCUUUAUAUUUCUAGGCUCGAGCUCAGCACAAUGAACGGAGCCACCAUGACCAGAGUGGCUACACCCAGCCCCUUACACUGCCUCAAGAUGAUUUUGGAGAAGGAAGGCCCUCGUUCUUUGUUCCGAGGUCUUGGCCCUAAUAUAGUAGGAGUUGCUCCGUCAAGGGCGAUCUAUUUUGCCGCCUACUCCUCUACUAAGGAGCGAAUGAACAGCAUGUUGGAGCCUGACUCCACACAGGUCCACAUGGUGUCUGCUAGCAUGGCCGGAUUCACGGCUAUCACUGCAACCAACCCGAUCUGGCUAAUCAAGACCCGACUGCAAUUAGACUCCAGGAACCGUGGCGAGCGGCAGAUGAGCGCUCUGCAGUGUGUGCAGCGUGUGUAUCAGACAGAUGGUCUGCGUGGGUUUUACCGUGGCAUGUCUGCAUCGUACGCCGGGAUCUCAGAGACGGUCAUCCACUUUGUGAUCUACGAGAGCAUAAAACGGCGCAUCCUGGAGAACAGAGCAGCUACUCGCAUGAACGAAGAGAACGAGACUGCUCGAGAUGCCUCCGACUUUGUGUGCAUGAUGAUGGCUGCCGCCACCUCCAAAACCUGUGCCACCUGUAUAGCUUAUCCUCACGAGGUUGUGCGAACCCGGCUGAGGGAGGAAGGCACCAAGUACCGCUCGUUCCUACAGACAGUGAGUACGGUGUCCAGGGAAGAGGGGUUCAAAGCACUAUACCGUGGCCUCACCACCCACCUAGUGCGCCAGAUCCCCAACACAGCCAUCAUGAUGGUCACCUACGAGAUUGUCGUCUACCUUCUCGACCGCUAAAAUCGUCUCCCUGACCCUUCAACCGACAAGCUGCCAUCUCCACUUAGGAGGUCAGAAAUCAUCUCGCAUUUGGAAAAGCUGCUGCUCGUUGUGCCAAUCGAAACUCUUAUGGAUACACAAAUGUCAAGAGGCAUUUGAGAGCGUAUAUAAGGAAAAACACUCAGAGACCGCAUUAUCGUGGUCAGAGUAAAAAAGGAAAAGAGAGAACUUUUUUUCUGUUUUCCUGAAGUGUUUAUACUGUUUAUUGCCAGGCUUAUGUAACUCUACUUCUAAAGGAGUCUUGUGUAGGUAACACACUCAAAGAUGCUCGAAGAUCCACAUCAGUUCUGUUUUAACAGUGCGUUUAUUUUUAACACAAUUCAGCACAUUUUUUGGUGACUGUUGUGUUUCUGUUUGCAUUGACAGGAAAGCAAGAAGAUUAUUCUUAUAUAAAAUAAGAAAUUUCAAAGUAGUGAAUGGUCUAAAAUAUGUGGCAUGGUGCCAAAACGCACAUUCUGAUUUGUCGGCACUCAGAAUCUGGGCUGUUUGGUCAAGCUGACAUUAAGAAAGAUGAUGCACUUAGAUGCCAUACGGAAACAGGAGUGUUCCUGAUCCAGCCCUGCAGCAGUGUGGGGAGUUUAAACAGGGUUAUAUGUGUUAAUAUGGUGUGUACAUAUCUAUAUGUUUGUAAAUUUUGGGUUUUUUGGAUUAAAUGGUUGCUUUUGCUUAAUAUAUUAUUAACACAUGAAUGUACAUGCAAAUGUGACCAAAGUAGGAACACUUAACUUGGUCUUACUAAAAAGUUGCAACGUUUGCCAAGUUGAUUGUCUCCUCAGCUGUUGGACUUUUAUGUGGGAGGAAAAUUUUUCUUUUUUUCUUUUUUUUUUUUCAGUCUAUGAGCAACAAACAUUUUUUGGUGCCUUAUUACCGGAGAGUUUAAAGAAGUAAUUUAGCCUCUAUACCCCAGAGUCACUCAGUCAGCCAAGAUAUGUUGAGUUGCUUUGUUAUAAUGUUAAUGUAACUGAUAAGAUAGAAGAUUAUAGGUUCUAGUUAAGUACUCUGAAAUUUAGAGUUCCUGCUUCACAGACUUUCCUCACAAGAUGGUGUUCGGCAUAGUAAUGUAAUAUGUACAUAUAUAGUUUAAUAAUACAGUUCAGUAAAAUGUCUAUUGUACCUGAAUCAGUUGUAAUUUAGAAUAAGCUGCACACCUGUGAGCCACAUCUACGUAAACCUGAUGCUUGUGUUUGCUAAGAAAGAUUUAAGAAGAAAGACGCUGGCUUCAGCACAGACCUACAACUCUGAGCCACAUAUCACUGCGGAUAACAUUAAUUAGAGCAACGUGGUUUAAACUGCUAAAUUGUUGCCUUUAACGUUGUAGUUAUAGUGCAAAUAUGUUCUUAAACAUUUCCUGGCUGAAUGACUAAACAUGGGGUAUGUGAGCGCUUUCUUGGGGUAAGUGCUGCAGAGGAUAGUGAGGUAUCUUGAAUAUUUUUUUAUUUAUUUAUUUUUUUUCAAAAUCACACAUUCAAUCCCAUUUCAUUUUUUUCUUUAACGUUGUUGCUGAUUUUUUAUUUACGCAUUUGUCAUUUUUGUGUCACUCGCUCCCGAAGUCCCACACACCUGAGAGUUCAGUGUUCAUCUCACUUAGUAUUGUGUUUACAUCUCCAUGUUUGUCGUCAACAUUUUAUGACGUAUACUGAUUGUAUUCGACAGUUAAAACAUGUUCACAAACCUACAUAAUAAAGACAUAUGCAUUGGC